UCUUCUCUCUCUCUCUCUCUAAAAUCUAUCAAACCUUACUGCAUUGUCCUCCUCUUCCUUCCUCUCUCAGAACUUGGAAAGAAAAUGGCUAAAAUCUGAAAGCAGCUGCAUUUAGCUUCAAACCACUUUUUUAUUUUGUUGUGUUACUAUGAUGAACAAUCUUAAGCUCGGGGUAGAUGUAGUUGGCGCGCACAAUCUUUUGCCUAAAGAUGGGCAAGGUUCAUCCAAUGCUUUUGUGGAGCUUUACUUUGAUGGUCAAAGGUUCCGCACCACUAUCAAAGAAAAGGAUCUAAACCCCGUUUGGAACGAGAGCUUCUAUUUCAACAUUUCUGAUCCUUCAAACCUGCAUUAUCUUACACUAGAGGCCUAUGUCUACAAUAAUGUCAAAGCUACCUACUCCAGGUCCUUCCUUGGAAAGAUUAGCCUCACCGGAAACUCAUUUGUUCCCUAUGCAGAUGCUGUUGUCUUGCAUUACCCUUUGGAAAAGCGCGGCAUCUUUUCCCGUGUAAGAGGAGAGCUUGGCCUCAAGGUGUAUGUUACUGAUGACCCGUCAAUCAGGUCUUCCACCCCAGUCCCUAAUGCCGAAUCCCUCGCAAAUGCGGAUCCACGUGCAGCUCAUGGACACGCCGAAGGAGUUCCAAAUUCUGUCAUGAAUGCUUUGCAAAAUGAGAGAGCUGGGACCAGACACAGCUUUCAUCAUCUUCCUCAUCCAAGUCAUGACGAACAACAUCAGCAUCGUGCUUCUUCUGCACCUGAUGAGCAUUAUGUGCCCAAGUACGAAGCUGAUCAAAUGAAACAGGAACAACCGCAGCCUGCAAAGCUGGUUCGCAUGCACUCUGCUGCAUCAUCACAACCGGUUGAUUUUGCACUAAAAGAGACUAGCCCUUACCUUGGAGGUGGAAGAGUUGUUGGUGGCCGUGUUAUUCACGGAGACAAGACUGCAAGCACCUAUGAUCUCGUGGAACGCAUGUAUUUUUUAUACGUAAGGGUUGUUAAGGCUCGCGAGCUUCCUGCCAUGGAUGUCACUGGGAGUCUUGAUCCGUAUGUUGAAGUCAGAAUUGGAAACUACAGAGGGAUUACAAAGCACUUUGAGAAGCAGCAAAAUCCUACAUGGAAUCAGGUUUUUGCCUUCUCAAAGGAUCGAAUGCAAGCAUCUGUAUUAGAAGUUGUGAUUAAGGACAAGGAUCUAAUUAAAGAUGAUUUUGUGGGGCUUGUAAGAUUCGACAUCAAUGAGGUGCCGAUGAGAGUCCCACCAGAUAGUCCUCUGGCUCCAGAAUGGUACCGGCUUGAGGACAAGAAGGGAGAAAAGAUUAAGAGCGAGCUGAUGCUCGCAGUCUGGAUUGGAACGCAAGCAGAUGAGGCCUUUUCUGAUGCAUGGCAUUCUGAUGCAGCUACUCCUGUUGAUAGCACACCAGCUGCCUCCACGCUAAUACGUUCAAAGGUCUAUCAUGCACCAAGGUUGUGGUAUGUGCGUGUCAAUGUUAUCGAGGCACAAGACCUUUUUGCAGCAGAGAAGAAUCGCUUUCCGGAAUCAUAUGUCAAGGUACAGCUUGGAAACCAGGUUUUGAAAACAAAGACACUUCAGGCUCGGAAUCUAAACCCCCUUUGGAAUGAAGAUCUUUUGUUUGUUGCUUCUGAACCCUUUGAAGAUCAUCUUAUCAUUUCAGUUGAGGAUCGUGUGGGCCCUGGAAGAGAUGAAAUCAUUGGGAGAGUCAUAUUACCUCUGAAUGCUGUAGAUAGGCGCGCUGAUGAUCGUAUGAUCCAUUCCCGAUGGUUUAAUCUGGAAAAGCCAGUUGCUGUUGAUAUAGAUCAGUUGAAAAGGGACAAGUUCUCCAGCCGCCUUCAUCUUCGAGUUUGUCUUGAUGGAGGUUAUCAUGUUCUUGAUGAAUCAACUCAUUACAGUAGUGAUUUACGCCCUACAGCGAAGCAGCUCUGGAGGCCAUCAAUUGGGGUACUAGAGCUCGGAAUCUUGAAUGCAUCAGGGCUUCACCCAAUGAAAACACGCAACGAAAAGGGCACAUCAGAUACAUACUGUGUGGCAAAGUAUGGUCAUAAAUGGGUCCGGACAAGAACCCUCAUUGAUAACCUGAGUCCAAAAUACAAUGAGCAGUACACAUGGGAAGUAUUUGACCCUGCUACAGUUCUUACUGUAGGUGUAUUCGACAACAGUCAGCUCGGGGAUAAGGAUUCCUAUGGUAACAAGGACCUGAAGAUUGGGAAGGUUCGCGUUCGUAUCUCAACACUUGAAGCAGGACGUAUAUACACACACUCUUAUCCCCUGCUGGUUCUUCACCCAACUGGUGUUAAGAAGAUGGGGGAGCUGCAUUUGGCAAUUCGGUUUUCAUGCACUUCUUUUGUAAACAUGAUGUUCGUAUACUCAAAACCGCUGCUGCCAAAGAUGCAUUAUGUGAGGCCCUUCAACAUUAUGCAGCUUGACAUGUUACGUCACCAGGCUGUCAACAUAGUUGCAGCAAGGCUAGGCCGAGCAGAGCCACCACUUAGGAAGGAAGUGGUGGAAUACAUGUCUGACGUGGACUCGCAUCUUUGGAGUAUGAGGCGGAGCAAAGCGAAUUUCUUCAGGCUAAUGACGGUUUUCUCAGGAGUAUUUGCUGUAGGCAAAUGGUUUACUGAUAUAUGCAUGUGGAAGAAUCCUAUCACAACAGUGCUUGUUCAUGUUCUCUUCCUUAUGCUUGUUUGCUUCCCGGAAUUAAUUCUGCCCACAGUGUUUCUUUACAUGUUUCUGAUAGGGAUAUGGAACUUCCGCUACAGGCCCAGAUAUCCUCCCCACAUGAACACAAAGAUCUCACAAGCCGAGUUAGUGCACCCCGAUGAGCUAGAUGAGGAGUUCGACACAUUCCCAACAAGCAAGAACCCAGAGCUGGUGAGAAUGAGGUAUGAUCGCCUAAGGAGCGUAGCUGGUAGAAUUCAGACUGUUGUUGGUGAUGUAGCUACCCAAGGGGAGCGGUUUCAGGCACUGUUAAGCUGGCGCGAUCCACGCACUUCGGCACUUUUUGUCACAUUCUGCCUCAUAGCUGCCUUGGUGAUGUACGUUACACCGUUCCAGGUAGUGGCAGCAUUUGCAGGGUUCUUUAUGAUGAGGCAUCCGAGAUUUCGCAAUAGGCUACCAUCCGCACCCAUCAAUUUCUUCCGCAGGCUGCCUUCGAGGACCGACAGUAUGUUGUAAACUAAAGCUCAAAUGUUUGUCGCUGCUGGGAUCAUUUUAUUAACUUUAAUUGCUGAACAAUGAACGUAAUGUUUGUUGACAUUGUUGUUCUUCUUCCUGUUUCUUGCCUCCUUUCCGCCACUAGUGAGAUGAUGUGGGAACAUGAAUAAGUAAAAUAAAAUUUUCAAGAAAAUUCUUGC